AUGCAAGGCUUCUUCACUUAUAUUUUCAUUCUUAGUUUUGUUUUACCUUGUUUUUGUACGAGGUUGAAUGUAGGAAUAGAAAAUAUUUUUAUUAAUGUAAUGCAAUUUGGUGCUCAUGGAGAUGGAAGAUCAAAUGAUACACAAGCAUUUGCUAGUGCAUGGGAUAGUGCAUGUAAAGCAGGUGGGAUGUCAACACUAGUUAUACCAGCAGGACGAUCAUUUAACGUCACCAAAAUUAAUUUUAGUGGUCCUUGUAAAGGCAAAAUUAAUAUUCAGCUUGAAGGGAAAAUAGUGGCACCAUCUAAAGGAGCAUGGAAAUUAGAUGGAACAUAUUGGAUUAGUAUUCAACAUUUAAAUGGACUCACAAUUGAUGGCAAUGGUAAAGGAGAAAUCGAUGGAUAUGGUUCUACUUGGUGGCAAUGUGAAAGUUGCAAACGACCUAAGGUAUAUGUGUUAUAUUUCCAUGCAUGCAAUGAUCUUAUUGUUCGUAAUUUGGGGAUUUCUAAUAGCCCACAAUCUCAUGUAUCCGUAAAUAUGUGCAAUGGUGCAACAUUCUCUCAUAUAUCCAUUAAUGCUCCUGCUACUAGUCCCAACACCGAUGGCUUUGAUAUUUCUGAUUCUACUAAUAUCUUGAUACAAGAUUCCAAUAUAAAAUCUGGUGAUGAUUGUAUUGCUAUUAAUGGUGGCUGCUCUUUUAUCAAUGCUACGCGCAUUACUUGUGGACCAGGUCAUGGAAUAAGUGUUGGUAGCCUUGGCAGAACUGAAGAACGUGAUACCGUUUCAAAUGUUCACGUACAAAAUUGCACAUUUAUUGGGACUACAAAUGGAGCAAGAAUCAAGACAUUUUCAGGUGGAAUAGGCUAUGCAAAACAAAUUACUUUCGAGCAAAUAAUCCUCGAAAAUGUUAAGAAUCCAAUAAUUAUAGAUCAAGAGUACAAUCUUUCUCUGGUUAAAAGUGUGCAAGUGAGUUUUGUGACAUAUAGAGGAUUUAGAGGAACUUCUACUAGUGAUGUUGCUAUCAACUUAAUUUGUGGAAGAAAAACUUCAGCUACUUGUAAAAAUGCUCAUGGAACAGCUACAAACACUAUUCCAAAUGUCCCUUGCCUAAUAAAAUAAUGUGUUAAU